GCUCACACCUGAGAUGUGAAGUGUGUUAUGUGAGCCAAGGUGUUUUCCCACCUCGCUGGUGGUGGGGAGAGAUGCUGCACUCCGUUGCCAUGACAGCAGAAGUUCUCUUUGUUCUGGGGGUCCUGAUGAGCGGUGCUCAGUGUAAUCCUAUAGCGACCUUACCAGCGAGCCGAGAACGCUUGGAAAGGGUGUUGACCCAAGCCAGGGAGGACAAACAUCAGGACAAGCAGGUCUCCGAGGAGCCGCUGGGAUAUGGCGCUCAGCAGCGGCCGGAGGAAAUCAAUGGUUUGGGCCCCAACAGGACUGCCGCGAGCCGCGCCAGACCGAAUCUCAGCUCCCAGUCACGAGGAUCUAAGGGCGGGAAGCCCCAGGAGCUGUGGACUGAACAGGACAGCCUGAACCAAAUAGACGAGGGCCCUACCAGUGACGUCACCCUCUCUCUGGAUGCCAUCGACGAGUACGCCUAUCCAGACUACAGGGGGAAAGGCUGCAUGGAUGAGAGCGGCUUUGUGUACGCUAUCGGUGAGCAGUUCACCCCGGGCCCUUCAACGUGCCCUUGCCUCUGCACAGACGAGGGCCCUCUGUGCACCAAACCAGAAUGUCCCAGGGUUCACCCUCGCUGCAUUAAAGUGGACACUAGCCAAUGCUGCCCGCAGUGCAAGGAGAGAAAGAACUACUGCGAGUUUCGGGGCAAGAUCUACGCCUCUCUAGAAGAGUUUAAGGUGUCUCCAUGUGAGAAGUGCCGGUGUGAGCCAAGUGGAGAGGUGUUGUGCUCUGUGUCAGCCUGCCCUCAGACAGAGUGUGUGGACCCGGAGUACGAGCCUGAUCAGUGCUGUCCCAUCUGCAAGACUGGGCCAAAUUGCUACGCGGACACAGCAGUGAUACCGGCUGGCCGAGAGGUGAAGAUUGAUGAGUGUACAAUCUGCUACUGCACAUACGAGGAGGGCACAUGGCAGAUUGAGCGUCAGGCCACCUGCAGCAAGAACGAGUGCCAGCGGAGCUAGAGACUGGCACGGUGAGAGGGGACAUUGGCACACAACACCAGCGCCAAGCCGCAUGUAAACUCUCAGCCUUUCACCCAGUCUACCGGACAUCAGGGUCGGACGGCAGCCCCUCGCAGCGUUUCAGCAUUUAUAGUCACUCCUGUAUUACUUUAAAAAAAAAAUGCUUUUAUGAAAGUUUAUAAUCCACACACAGAAUAUCUAUUUAUCUAUGUAUUGAAUUAUUUAUGAAUAUAUACAAAUAUAGGAGUCAUUAAUGCUGAACUAGUGAAAAAGUAUUUUUUAUAGCCUCUGUAUUUUAAUAAGCAAUGUAUUGGACCAGAGGUCAAUAAAAACAGAAUGUAUAGAACACACACAGCUGUCUUUGGAGGUGAAAACCUCAAUGUCUCGACAUGCGUCAGUCCCUCUACCACCAAAGUGCAGACCAGACUACAAGAUUUGCUGUGUAGGACGAUCAAUU